UAGCAGCUUUCCAUUAACUGCUGCUCCUAUCAACAUCUUGGCUGCAGAUGUUAAAGAAGAGGCCCCUGAAGAACAGAAUCCUGGAUUCAAGCAGCAGGAGGUGGAAUUUCUCCACACAAAGGAGGAAAGUGAUAGAAUCUGGACCAGCCAGGAUGGAGAGCAAUUGAAAUUAAAGGAGGAGACUGAAGAUACCAGGUUUCACUUAGCUGUUCAUAUAAAGAGUGAAGAGAUUGAAGAGAAACCUCUAUACUUUCAUCAACGGCAAACAGAAGUCAGAGGUUUUCCAACCAACACUCCAGUUGACCAAGAGGAGGACUCUGAAACAGUAGAAUCCAACAGGAACCCAGAUCUAAAUACAUAUGGAGGUACAUCUAACUAUUCAGAGACAGAAGACAGUGAAGAUGAUAAAGAGGAUGAGGAUCUUAAACAGUUGUCUGACUUUGAGCCUGAAACGAGUGAGGAUUGGAAGGAGAGCAGGGUUCUUGAGUCAGGUGGAAACACUGUAAAAUCUUUCAGCUUCUUUCAGUGUGAGGAAAAAAUCGUUAGCAGAUUCUCUCCACAAAGUCACGUGACAUGUCAUCCAACAUUAAUGAAUGUGGAUUCACUAAAAAAAGUUCUUGCCGAUAGUAAAAGAAUUAACCAUAAUCAUCACAACUUUGGUUGUGAUGUUUGUGGGAAAAGAUGUUCCUCAAAGUCAGACCUAAAUAAGCACAUGAGAAUACACACAGGGGAGAAACCUUUUGGAUGUGAUGACUGUGGGAGAAGAUUUUCCUGUAAGUCACAUUUAAAAAGACAUGUGACACUUCACACUGGAGAGAGACCUUUUGAUUGUGAUGCAUGUAGUAAAAGAUUUUCCUGCAAGUCAUAUUUAGAUUUACACAUGAAAAUCCAUAAUGGACAGAAACCAUAUGGUUGUGAGGCAUGUGGUAAACAAUUUUCCUGCAAGUCACGGUUAAAAGUUCAUAUGAGAAGCCACACAGGAGAGAAACCCUUUGGUUGUGAUGUUUGUGGAAAAGGAUUUUCCAGCAAGACGUAUUUAAGCUCACACAUGAGAAUACACUCAGAAAAGAAACCAUUUGGUUGUGAUGCAUGCGAUAAAAGAUUUCCCAACAAGUUACGUUUAAAAACGCAUAUGACAAUCCACACUGGGGAGAAACAUUUUUGUUGUGAUGCAUGUGGUAAAAGAUUUUCCGGCAAAUCAUACCUAAAAUUACACAUGAGAGUCCAUACAGGUGAAAAACCAUUUGGUUGUGAUGCUUGUGGGAAAAGGUUUUCAACAAAAUCAAGUCUAAACACACACAUGAGAAUUCACACGGGAGAGAAACCCUGUGUUUGUGAUGCAUGCGGUAAAAGAUGGUCCUCAAAGUCAGAUUUAAAUCGGCACAUGAAAAUCCACACAGGAGAGAAACCAUUUGCUUGUUAUGUUUGUGAUCAAAAAUGUUCCUCAAAGUCAGAUUUAAACAAACACCUUAGAAUCCACACAGGAGAGAAACCCUUGAUUUGUGAUGCAUGUGGUAAAAGAUGUUCCUCAAAUUCCGAUUUAAAAAUUCACAUGAGAGUCCACACAGGAGAGAAACCCUUUGCUUGUGGUACUUGUGGUAAAAGAUGUUCCUCAAUGUCAAACUUAAAUGUCCAUAUAAGAAAACAUGUAAGUGAAUCUCUUUAGUUUUGCUGCAUGUGAUAAAAAAA